AUAAAACAGCUAAAAAGAUGUGCCUACUGCCACUAAGAUAUUGUCAUUAUUACAGUGUGGAAAAGAGAAGCUGAGAGGAGAACGUGUGCUCGACUUGAGUGUUUAUAGACUUCCAGUUUGUCUCAGCCUUUUGCAGCAUGGAUGACUUCAAGCAGUUUGACCAGGACUUCUACCAAACAGGAUAUUACAUAGAUGACCAGGGUCGUGCUGUGGCUUAUUACGACACUGAUAGUGCACAAAAUGCAAACAACGUAGACCCUUACAUGGAACAGCAUUACCCUGGAGAGAUCUACCAGCCAACCAUGCAUUCCACUGGAACCGAGUAUCUAGAGGAGGAACCUCCACUUCUUGUUGAACUGGGAAUUGAUUUUGAUCAUAUGUGGCAGAAGACCCUUACAGUUCUGAACCCUUUGAAGCCUGCAGAUGGCAGCAUUAUGAAUGAGACAGAUCUGACAGGUCCUAUCCUCUUCUCCAUCGCUCUGGGCGUCACUUUAAUGAUGGCAGGUAAAGUUCACUUUGGUUAUGUAUAUGGGAUCAGUGCCAUUGCCUGCAUUGGUAUGUACAUCCUGCUCAGUCUGAUGAGCCCCCUGGGAGUUUCUUAUGGCUGUGUGGCUAGUGUCCUGGGGUACUGCCUCCUACCCAUUGUGGUCCUCUCUGCGUUUGCUGUUUUCUACUCCUUGCAAGGCAUCGUGGGAACAGUCCUGGCUCUGAUGGCCAUUUGUUGGUGCAGCUUCUCAGCCUCCAAGAUCUUUAUCUCCACCCUGGCAAUGCAGGAGCAGCAGCUGCUGGUGUUUUACCCUUGUGCUCUGUUGUAUGGACUUUUCACACUGCUCACUGUCUUUUAACAUCCAGUUGAUCAAAUCCAACUUCUAAUUUAAUUUAAUUUCCAUUUAAAGGAAAUUAAAUUCAUGAAUGCAAAUGAUCCCUGCAUUCAUAAAAUGAAUGCAGGGAUCAUUCAUAAAAUGAUCCCUGUAUUUUAUGAAUGCCUUUGGAAGUGUGAAGGCUGUUAGAUAUUUGCCCUCAAACACAGGAGUAAAUAAGUGUGAAGAUUUUUGUUUUGUUUUCUGUUCCGAAAAAAAAUACUCAGUAAUUUUUUUUUCUAUAUGUCUGCACAGUUAAGAGAGUGGCUACACAUAUGCCAAUACAAAUAUGAGAAUCCAUUAAUCCCAGUACAAACAUUCAGC